GUUAGGGGUGUAAAGAUACGACAGCUCUCUGCAAAUGAGUUUUUAAGCUUUUCUGCUCUGGACCUGUGGACUCUCUUUGUGGAGAGAGCAUCAGGAAUAAGAGAGAGAAGGGGGAAAAAUAUAAGAAAUAGAUUAGGGCAGUGACAGAGUGGAGAGGAGAGUAUACCAGAGGCAUCUGCUAUUCAAACUACGUCGAAGAAGGAUUUCCUGCUGAGACUUGAAGCAUCAUCAUCAUCAUUUCAACUCGGGGGGCAUAUCAUCUGCUCAUCAUGGCCCCUCCCUCUCUGUUAAUGGUGCUGAUGGUGGUUGCCAUGGUAACUGGGGCCCGUGAAGCCAGUGAGGAGAAUGAACUGGAUUAUGGGUACUGGAACUACAGAGAGGGAGCUGACAGUGUGAAUGUGGCCUCAGUGCGCAGUGUGACCAGAGUUUUAGAUGCCUGGGGGAAACGCAUCUUCAAUGAGAUCAAGACUUUGCUGCACUCACAGCCCAGCACACUGCUGCCUGACUAUUCCAGGGUGCGCCCUCUGUCCGAGUCCGUCAACGACCUGUUCAGAGAAGUAUCUCUGCUGCACCGGCGCAUCACCGAGCUCUCUCAUCGCCUAGCAACGCUGGAACCAUUCCUCCGUCACCACGGCUACCGGGAGGAGGGGGAGGAGGCAGCACUUCAGAGCCUGAGAGGAGAGGUGGCGAGCCUGGCCCGCUACAACCCGAGGACCGUGGUGAGGGCCAGCCCGCCGAAGGGGAGCCGGGUGGUGAGGAGGAGACGGGUGAGAGUCCUGAACAACGGGGGAGUGAAGCUGAUCCAGAGCGAGAGAUAGAGAGAUGGAAAGAAUGGAGAGGGGGGAGGUGAAGAGUGGGAAAGUUGUGAGAUAGGAAGAUGCUCUGCCAAUAUUAUAUAAUGUAUGAUAUCCAUCGAUGAACUGUAUAGAUGUUUGUGAAAUAACAUGAUGUAGACACGGCUUGUCCUGUGAGAUCAGGAAUGAUGCUUUAUGAUUUGUAUUAGUCAAAGAGAAAACUCAUAUCUUCUUUAAUAAACUCUUGAGAUCA